AAAUCCGAAAGCAACCGGUGGGAUACGGUGGGCGAGGAAGUUUGCCAAGUGGGUUGGCGGUGGGCUACGCCGAAGAAAAGACUCGGCAGGAGCUGGAAGUAUUUGGACCGCGGCUGCGACAUGCCGAGUCGCGCCAUAGUCAAGCUGACGGCGGCGCCCCGUCUGUUGGAGCCGUCCACGUAGCGCACACGCACGGAAUGACGACACAGACUGCUGGUUGAUCGGCGUCGUCAUGGGCCUUGUGAUAAUCGCAGUCGCCCUCGCAUCCCUGCCGCCGUGGACGACCGGCUACGAUGUGUUUUUCUACAAGCCAGGCUUCUACGACCGCAAGUACGGCAGUUUCCCGGAGGAGCUACGUCUCCGCAUGGUCGAGGAGGCGAAGCGUAUGUUCCAGUUCGGAUACGACAGUUACAUGAAGUACGCGUUUCCGAAAGACGAGCUCAACCCCAUAUACUGCACAGGCCGGGGCCCCGACUACGACAACCCGUCGAACAUCAACAUCAACGACGUUCUGGGCGACUACUCGCUCACCCUGGUUGAUUCGCUCGACACGCUGGCCGUGAUGGGAAAUGCGAGCGAGUUCAGAAACGCCGUGCGCCUCAUCUUGGAACACGUCUCCUUCGACAAGGACAACGUGGUGCAGGUGUUCGAGGCCAACAUACGGCUGCUGGGCGCACUGCUGUCGGCGCACCUGCUCAUCACGGACCGGGAGCAGCCGUUUGGCGACCUGCGGCCCCCCGGAUACCGGGACGAGCUGCUGCAGCUCUCGCGGGACCUGGCGUCGCGCCUGCUGCCGGCCUUCGAGAACACGCGCACGGGCAUCCCCUACCCGAGGGUGAACCUGCGCCGCGGCGUGCCUCGAGGUGUCUCCACGCACACGUGCACCGCCGGCGCAGGCUCGCUGCUUCUCGAGUUCGGCGUGCUGAGCCGGCUACUGGACGACGGCGCGUACGAGGAGGCGGCGCGACGGGCCACGCGGGCCCUGUGGCGGCUCCGGGCCAAGGACACCGGGCUCCUGGGAAACAUCGUGGACGUUAACACGGGCGAGUGGGUCGGCAAGAUGAGCGGCAUCGGCGCCGGCCUCGACUCCUUCUUUGAGUACCUACUCAAGACGUACAUCCUGUUCGGCGACAUGGAAGACUUCCGCAUGUUCAACGAGAGCUACAGCCUUAUCAAGCAAUACAUGCGCAAGGGACGCGUCUCGUGCAACGAGGGCUGCGGGGAACACCCGCUCUACGUCAACGUCAACAUGCAGGAUGGCUCGACGUCCACACUGUGGAUUGAUUCCUUGCAGGCAUCCUUCUCCGGCAUCCAAGUCCUGCUCGGCGACAUUGAGGAGGCCAUAUGCAGCCACGCCCUCUUCUAUGCCAUCUGGAGGCGCUUUGGUGCCUUGCCAGAGCGUUUCAAUUGGCAGAGAGCAUUGCCCGAUUUGGCCUUUUAUCCCCUCAGACCGGAACUGAUUGAAUCGACAUACCUCUUGUAUCGGGCCACCAAGAACCCGUUUUACCUGCACGUUGGUCGAGACAUUCUACAGAGCCUCAACAAUCACACCAAAGCACCAUGCGGCUAUGCCACCAUACACAAUGUGCAGGACAAGUCCCUCGAAGACCGUAUGGAAAGCUUUUUUUUAAGUGAAACAUGCAAGUACCUUUACCUGCUGUUUGACGUUGACAAUCCCUUAAACAAGAACUUUGCUAAGUACAUUUUUACCACGGAGGGACAUAUUCUGCCCAUUAUUCGCCCUUUGAGGACAUCUCCGUCUAGAGAGAAUGUGCCCGCUGCGGUUCAUGUGCAGACUGUGGCAACUUUAGUGCCUAGAGUCUUAAAUGAAACAGAUUGUCACUGUGACAAAGUGCCUGAAGAGAGGCAAUACUUACUGCCUCUAAAGCAUAAUUAUCUCCAACAAAUUAGCCAAUCUCUUGGUCUUGACGGAGAUGUUUUGUGAUCAUUGUGACACCCAUUUCUUCGCCGGCUCUGGCUACACCUUUUGAAUUUGUCAAGUGUGGGCAUAGUAGAUUUGCCUGGUGAAUUGCAGGUAAUACUUGCAGUGCUGAAGAUGCUCAAUUAAGUGCUUGUGACGACAGCACAUUCAAGCAACAGGUUCAAUUCCUAACAUUUGCACAAGGGGUGUGCACAUUUUCGAGAGGGUAUUUUGUCGUGCAAGUCAUCCUGUCAAAAUUUUAUGUGGUGUGUACAGUUUUGCACAUUACUGUGGGAUAUUGCUCAAUCUUAUGAGAGAUCCUGAUGCAAAUAAGUUUAAUUGUUGAUUCAGGGCAUGUGCUUUCUUGCGCCAAGUUGCCAUAUUUUAUUUCAGUCUUCCCAAGUGGAAGUAACUUUCUUUUCGUGCUUAAUAAAGUCCAGCACUGCUCUAGCA